CGGGAAUCGGGAUCCGGCUUGGGGUGUGUGAGUUGGGGUGGGAAGUUCCGCGCGAUGAGGUGAGGCCCAGAUGGGGGAUCCCCGGACUGGGGCCCCCCUAGAUGAUGGCGGAGGCUGGACGGGCAGUGAGGAAGGCAGCGAGGAGGGCACCGGAGGCAGUGAGGGCGUCGGCGGUGAUGGAGGCCCUGACGCGGAGGGUGUGUGGAGCCCGGACAUUGAGCAGAGCUUCCAGGAGGCCCUGGCCAUCUACCCUCCCUGCGGCCGGCGCAAGAUCAUCCUGUCAGAUGAGGGCAAGAUGUACGGCCGGAAUGAACUCAUUGCCCGGUACAUCAAGCUGAGGACAGGGAAGACAAGAACUCGCAAGCAGGUCUCCAGUCACAUCCAGGUGUUGGCUCGAAGGAAAUCGAGGGAAAUUCAGUCCAAGCUGAAGGACCAGGUCUCCAAGGACAAGGCCUUCCAGACGAUGGCUACCAUGUCUUCCGCACAGCUCAUCUCUGCACCUUCCCUGCAGGCCAAGCUGGGUCCUUCUGGCCCUCAGGCCACCGAGCUUUUUCAGUUCUGGUCAGGGAGUUCUGGGCCACCGUGGAAUGUUCCAGACGUGAAGCCAUUCUCACAGACACCAUACUCCGUGUCACUGAGUCCCCCAUCCACUGACUUACCAGGGUACGAGCCACCCCCAGCCCUCUCACCUGCUCCAUCUCCCCCAGCCUGGCAGGCUCGGGCCCUGGGCACUGCACGCCUGCAGCUGGUAGAGUUCUCGGCGUUUGUGGAACCGCCGGAUGCAGUUGACUCGUUCCAGAGGCACCUGUUUGUCCACAUCAGUCAGCAGUGUCCCAGUCCUGGAGCGCCACCCCUGGAGAGCGUGGACGUGCGGCAGAUCUAUGACAAAUUCCCUGAGAAGAAGGGCGGCCUCCGGGAGCUGUAUGACCGAGGGCCACCCCAUGCCUUCUUCCUGGUCAAGUUCUGGGCGGACCUGAACUGGGGCCCCAGUGGUGAGGAGGCAGGGAGCGGUGGAGGCAGCGGUGGCUUUUACGGAGUGAGCAGCCAGUAUGAGAGCCGGGAGCUCAUGACACUUACCUGCUCCUCCAAAGUCUGCUCCUUUGGCAAGCAAGUGGUGGAGAAGGUGGAGACCGAGCGGGCGCAGCUGGAGGACGGACGUUUUGUGUACCGCCUGCUGCGCUCCCCCAUGUGUGAGUACUUGGUUAACUUUCUGCACAAGCUGCGGCAGCUGCCCGAGCGCUACAUGAUGAACAGCGUCCUGGAGAACUUCACCAUCCUCCAGGUGGUGACGAACAGGGACACUCAGGAACUGCUGCUGUGCACGGCCUACGUCUUUGAAGUCUCCACCAGUGAACGUGGAGCUCAACACCACAUCUACCGCCUGGUCAGGGACUGACAGAGCCCCAUUGCUGUUUUUUUUUUUUUUUGUUUUGUUUUGUUUUGUUUUUUUCCACAACACCCCCUUCCCAGGAAGGACCCUUUGGCUCUUCCUGUAACCCUCAUUUG